GCCCAGCUGCACGCCGAGCGAGUCGAUGAGGACGCGCGAGACGCCCCGCGCUCGGCGGUCCCUGCAGGCGCUCGCCAUCUUUCCCAGUCGGCGGGUUAGGUGUCUGUCUUUCCCAGACGGAGGCGGAGUACCGAUCCGGAACUGUUUUCCGUGAUCUCCAUUCCCACGUGGCAACUUACCUGACACACAGUGACACUCCUGGCUUUCCAGUGGAACAUUUCACCAUCUUCUUGAUACUGGUGCUUUCAUGCAGGAUGCUGUAUUCUCUGCUCCUUUGUGAGUGUCUGUGGCUAAUAACUGGUUAUGCUCAUGACGAUGACUGGAUUGACCCCACAGACAUGCUUAACUAUGAUGCUGCUUCGGGAACAAUGAGAAAAUCUCAGGUAAAAUAUGGUGUAUCAGAGAAAAAAGAAGUCAGUCCCGACUUGUCACAUGGUGAUGAAUUGUUGGAAUGUCAUAGCAAACUUGAUUCUUUAACUCAUAAGAUCGAUGAGUGUGAGAAGAAGAAGAAGGAAGACUAUGAAAGUCAAAGCAAUCCUGUUUUUAGGAGAUACUUACAUAAGAUUUUGAUUGAAGCCAGAAAGCUUGGACUUCCUGAAGAAAACCAAGAUGAUAUGCAUUAUGAUGCUGAGAUUAUUCUAAAAAGACAAACCUUGUUAGAAAUACAGAAGUUUCUCAGUGGAGAGGAUUGGAAACCAGGAGCCUUGGAUGAUGCACUAAGUGAUAUUUUAAUUAAUUUUAAGCUUCAUGAUUUUGAAACAUGGAAGUGGCGAUUUGAAGACUCCUUUGGAGUGGAUCCAUAUAAUGUGUUGAUGGUGCUUCUGUGUCUGCUCUGUAUUGUGGGAUUAGUAGCUACCGAGCUGUGGACGUAUGUACAUUGGUACACCCAGCUGAGACGUGUGUUAUUCAUCAGUUUCCUCGUCAGUUUGGGAUGGAAUUGGAUGUAUUUAUAUAAGCUCGCGUUCGCACAGCAUCAGGCCGAGGUUGCCAAGCUGGAGCCGUUAAACAAUGUGUGUGCUGAGAAGAUGGACUGGAUUGGAAGCCUCUGGGAAUUGUUAAGAAGCUCAUGGACCUAUAAGGAUGACCCAUGCCAAAAAUACUAUGAACUCUUAUUAGUCAACCCUAUUUGGUUGGUUCCACCAACAAAGGCACUGGCAGUUACAUUCACCAACUUUGUCACAGAGCCGUUGAAAUACGUUGGGAAGGGAGCUGGUGAAUUUAUUAAAGAGUUCAUGAAGGAGAUUCCAGUAUUACUUCACAUUCCAGUGCUGAUCAUUAUGGCAUUGGCUGUCCUGAGUUUCUGCUAUGGUGCUGGAAAAUCAGUAAAUAUGCUGAGACAUAUAGGUGGUCCUGAGAGAGAACCUCCCCGGGCCCUUAAGCCAGGUGAUAGAGGACGGCUGCAGGAAGUUGAUUAUAGACCCCAUGGUGGAGCAGGUGAUGCAGAUUUCCCUUAUAGAGGCCACUUCGGCCCCUUUGAGCAAGGCCCUUAUGACAAAACAUAUGAGGGUAGAAGAGAUGAUAUGAGAGAGAGAGAUGUUGACUUGAGGCCUAGGACUGGCAACAAGAGCCCCGAAGUGCUCCGGCCAUGUGAUGUACCCCAGGCAGAGGCGAGACAGCAUCCCAAGGCCGUACCCUGUCAUAAGUUACCUGUUUUGGAUACAAAUCUCAAAGAAUUUGGUGGAAUCCAGGGAGAAAGCACACCGCCAGAAAGCAGUACUGACAGCAGCCAGUCUACUAGGCCUGUCUCUGGCCCAGACACAUCAGAGAAGGUGGAAGGUUCACCUGCAGAGGAAAAGGCCCAGCUCAGGACUGAUGCCAGAGGCAUCGCAGAGGAAGGCAGUGUGUCUUGCCCAGCCAGCUGUGGAAAGGAUCUGGAUACUGGCCCACGUGGCUAGAGGAGCACAGACUUGGCCCACCACUCAGAGGUCGUCAUUGGGUUUUGUAAAGUAUACUCUUCACAACUAUUCGCUCUUCUCUACAAAUAUUCUGACAUUUACUACUCCACAGGUGCCAACUUAAACAUUAAUAUUUUUAUUCACCAUCAGAACUAAUGAAUACACGUGUAUUUCUGUUUAAUUUUAUCUUUUGCGUAAUUUCAUUUUCAUAUUGGUGCUUCCUGUGGGACUUUGAGGUGUUAAUUUUGGAACAGGAUCUCAUAGAUGAACAUAUGGCAAGCAUCACUGAUUUCAAAUAAGAGGCCAGUUUGAAUCAGGGAACAAUGAAAAAUAAGUUUUAUGGUUCAUGCGCAUAUAUAGGCACCAAUUAGCUAAUGUGUGUGUUGCCUAGUGGCUGUCCUGUAAUACCUACUUCAAUUACUGAUUUGUGAGUUGUGCAUGGAUUCGGUAUGUUUCUGAAAGUGGCAGGUACUCAGAAACUGUUGUAAGGACAGUCCGCUGUCAUCAGCUUUACCCUCUUCAUGCACUUCAGUGUCUUAAUGCAGUUACCGAGCCUGUGUUCCCUUGUCUCUGCGGAGGCUGCCCCAGCUCAUCAUGGCUUCGUCGUUGCGAGUGGUGCCUCCAUUGCUCAACUCUUCUGGCGCUCACUGGGCCCCCUUUCUUGCUGCCCCUCUUUACCCUCGUUUAAGACAGAACUGAAGAUGGCCAGGAGACUUUAGUUAGCACAGCUUGUUAAAUCGGUGAUUGUGGUUUUACAUAGUCAGUAGCUGGAGAAUAGCUUUACUGUUUCCCCACCAAAUACAUGCUUUACACCUUGGUCAAGUGCAUUGUUUUUGCUAAACAGCAUAAUUUCUGUAUGUUCCUGGUUAAGUAUAAAAAAAUGCUAUUGUCAAUUAAGAUUUUAAAAAAUUACCUCAGCAAGAGGAUGUAAAAUUUAUUGUUAAUAUUAUUUUCUAGUUUAAUAUUGCAAACAUCUUUAGUAAUUCAUCAGAAAGGUAAUAGUUCUUUGCAGAAAACACAGCAGGAUUUUUUAUAAAAAUUCACAACACAGUAGGUUUAGAACAAAGGAGCUAAUGCGGGGGUGCCUGCAGUUCUGAGUGGCUUUGUGAACAUCGAUGCAUAUUAAGUCUUCCCUGAGGGCCAGACCUGUUCACACUAACUGGUGAAUAUGUGCUGGGGGUGGGGGAAAUAUGUGCUUAGGGUAGUUGUCAUCAGAGCUGUGACUGGAUUCUGAAGAGCAGUGAAUGCCUCAGGUGACAGACCUUUAACUAUGAUAGUGGAGUUAAUGCUGUUUCAACUCCUGACUGCUUUUUAUCAAUCCAAAAAUGGAUCUGUAAAAAACUAAGUAGAAUUUCAUCUUUGUAUUCUUUCAUUACAGAUAUCCGUUUGGGGAUGCGGUCCACUUUGACAGCUAGCGAGGCAACAUACCACUGCUGUUGAAUGAUGACAGCAAUUUAGGGAAGACACUAAAGCAGACCGAACAGAUCAAGGCCAGUUUAUAACUUGGAGAAAUAGACUUGUUUCUUGUCCAGCCCAUAUCUGUCAUUACAAUCAAGGAUUUUAGCAACAGGUUUUUAGGAAAAUCAGAAUGGGGUCGACAGCUUUUUUAAAAGCAGUGUUUAAAUGGAAUAGAUAAUGUUGAAUGUUUACAGGGUCUAAGAACUAUAGUAUAUGCAAAAUAAACACUUAUUUUUACAUUA